AGACGGCACAUAGUUUUCAUUAGAAACGCGAAUUCCUUUACUUUGAAAAUAGGAAAAAUUUUUUUCGACUUUUGACCGUUUUAUACUUGGAUCAACUCAAAAAAGUAACAAACAAAAAUCAGUCAAGAUGAUGCUCUCAAGGCAAAAGCCCGCUGUUGGGCCAGGAUCUCAAGCAGCUUCAAAACAGAAAGAAAAGAAACACGAAUUACCUAAAUUUGAAGAAUUCAUUGAACAACGAGAUUAUACCGGAGCAGGAACACUUUUAGAUACUCGUUCGAUUCCUGGAAUGAAUCCAGAUGACUAUGAUGCAUGGAUAGCGUACUGUGCCUUCCAUUUGGGUGAUUUCAAAAAAUCAAUGGAUUGUUACGAAAAGAUCUUAAAGAGAGAUGGAAGUAAUCCCGAAGUGUGGCUAUGGUUGGCUUGUACAUAUUUCAUGUUAGGAAUGUAUCCAGAUGCUGAUGAAGCUGCAAAAAAAUCUCCAAAAUCUAAACUUCAAAAUCGUCUACUUUUCCAUUUAUCUCAUAAGUUUAAUGACGAAAAAAGACUUAUGAGUCACCAUCAAAGUCUACAGGACGUAACGGAAGAUCAACUAUCACUAGCUUCUAUUCAUUACCUACGUUCUCAUUAUCAAGAAGCUAUUGAUAUUUACAAACGUAUCCUAUUGGAAAACAGGGAAUAUUUAGCGCUCAACGCUUAUGUGGCUUUGUGCUAUUACAAACUCGAUUAUCAUGAUGUAUCACAGGAAGUUUUGGCUGUCUACCUUCAGCAAUAUCCCGAUAGUGCUAUAGCACUCAAUCUCAAGGCCUGCAAUCACUACAGAUUAUACAAUGGAAAAGCUGCUGAAGCGGAAUUGAAAACUCUACAAGACAUAGCAUCACCAUCUUUCACUUUUGCUAGAGAUCUUGUCAAACAUAAUCUAGUUGUUUUUCGGUCUGGAGAGGGCGCACUUCAAAUUCUACCUCCUCUAAUUGACGUUCUACCUGAAGCUAGAUUAAAUUUAGUUAUUUAUUACCUAAAACAAGACGAUGUUGGUGAAGCCUUUCAACUAAUCAAAGAUCUGGAUCCAACAACUCCUCAAGAAUACAUACUAAAAGGAGUUGUUAAUGCAGCUGUAGGACAGGAUCAAGGAACGGAGAUACAAACAAAAACUGAUAAGAAAGAACAUUUGAAAGUAGCUCAACAGUAUUUCCAGUUAGUUGGGGGAUCAGCUAGCGAAUGCGACACCAUCCCUGGUAGACAAUGUAUGGCAUCUUGUUUUUUCUUAUUAAAACAAUUUGACGAUGUUUUAAUCUACUUAAAUUCUGUUAAAAGUUAUUUCUACAACGACGAUCUAUUCAAUUAUAAUUAUGCCCAAGCAAAGGCGGCUGUUGGUAAUUUUAAGGAAGCUGAAGAAGUUUUCUUGUUAAUUACCAACGAAAAGAUCAAGUCAGAAUAUACCUACCUAUCGUGGUUGGCCAGAUGUUACAUUAUGAACAGAAAGGCUCGCUUAGCCUGGGAGCUCUACUUGAAAAUGGAGACAUCUAGUGAAUCAUUCAGCUUGUUAGGCUUAAUAGCUAACGAUUGCUAUAAAAUGGGACAAUUUUAUUACGCUGCAAAAGCAUUCGAUGUUCUUGAGAGAUUGGAUCCGAAUCCAGAAUACUGGGAAGGUAAAAGAGGAGCUUGUGUAGGAGUUUUUCAAAUGAUUAUCGCAAAUCACGAGCCAAAAGAAAAACUACGAGAAAUAUUACAAUUGCUUAGAAACACGAGUAAUCCUCAAGUAGAUUAUAUUACAAAAAUCAUGAGAAACUGGGCAAAAGAUAACAAAGUUGCGAUUCCUGACUAAACAAGAGGAGAGGUGAAUGAAUCCUAAAACUAUUACAAUAUCACUUUGAAAAUGAAAAAAAAAACAACUACUAUUAUAUUUAACCAUUUGGGGCGAUGAAAACUGUUCAUAUAUUAUUCCAUAUAUAUUACAAAUAUAUAUUACAAACAAAUUGUUUGUCUUCUUAAAAUAUCUAUUUAUUUUUUAAAUUCAAUAAAAUGUAAUCUCAUUUAUCAA